ACGUAAAGCCCACAUUUCUUUGACUGAUGCUUAAACCCUAACAAGCCAGAACGCACUGCGCAGUGCUCGCUUUCUCGGUGAUUGCCUCUCACUCUCACUCCCUUACAAAUCCCCCAGCUCUCAUUUCACACACGCCUACCCUCUGCUAUGCCAUCCAUGGCGUAUAUUUCUCUCUCUAAACCCUAUCGAUGGCGGCCUCGACCCUCCAAUCUUCAGGCCCUCACGCACCUCCGCCUCUUCAGCUCAACCGAAUCCGCCACCGAUACCUCUGCUGCCGCAACCGAAGCCGUAGCCGCCACCGAAGCUGCAGCACCAACCGAAGCCGCAUCCCCAACUCAAAUCCAUGUCCCAAAACCUAAGCAGUACCGUCCUCGAAACCCAGAGAAGACAGAGGACAUAAUCUGCAGAAUGAUGGCGAAUCGGGCCUGGACGACCCGGUUACAGAACUCGAUCCGGAACUUGGUACCCGAAUUCGACCACAACCUAGUGUGGAACGUCUUGCACGGCGCUCGGAACUGGGAGCACGCCCUCCAAUUCUUCAGGUGGGUCGAGCGGUCCGGGUUUUUCAAGCACGACCGGGAGACCCAUUUGAAGAUUAUUGAGAUUCUGGGCCGGAAUUUGAAGCUCAACCAUGCCCGGUGUAUCCUUCUGGACAUGCCGAAAAAAGGCGAGCAGCUCGAUGAGGACCUCUUCCUUGCGCUCAUUGAUGGCUACGGCAAGGCCGGAUACGGUAAGGCUGGCAUUAUUCAAGAGUCUGUUAAAUUGUUUGAUAGUAUGAAGGAAUUGGGUGUGCAGAGAAGUCUCAAAUCAUAUGAGGCUCUCUUUAAGGCCAUUAUGCGCCGUGGCCGGUAUAUGAUGGCCAAGAGGUACUUUAAUGCAAUGCUGAGUGAGGGAAUAGAGCCAAAUAGGCAUACUUAUAAUGUUAUGAUUUGGGGUUUCUUCAUGAGCAAGAGAUUAGAGACCGCCAAGCGGUUUUACGAGGAUAUGAAAAGUAGAGGAAUUUUGCCUGAUCUCGUUACUUAUAACACUAUGAUUCAUGGGUACAAUCGGUUUAAGAUGAUGGAUGAGGCAGAGCAGUUGUUUGUGGAGUUGAAGGGGAGGAAUUUAGAACCUAAUGUGAUAUGCUAUACUACCAUGAUUAAAGGGUAUGUUGAUGUUGGGAGAGUUGAUGAUGCAUUGAGGUUGUUUCAAGAGAUGAAGUCUUUUGGUAUUAAACCGAAUGCUGUCACAUUUUCGACUCUAUUGCCGGGGCUUUGUGAGGCAGAGAAAAAGAAUGAAGCUGUGAACAUGUUGAAGGAGAUGGUUCAGAGGUAUAUUGCUCCCAAGGAUAAUUCAAUCUUUGAGAAAUUGCUAUAUUUGAUGUGCAAGUCUGGGGAUUUGGAUGCAGCUGCUGAUGUCCUCAAGGCAAUGAUUCGGCUGAGCAUUCCCACUGAGCCUGGUCAUUAUGGUAUCCUGAUUGAGAACUUUUGCAAGGCCGGGGUUUAUGAUCGAGCAAUCAAGCUGCUGGAUAAGCUUAUUGAGAAAGAAAUUAUUUUGAGGCCCCAGAGUUCUAUCGAGUUGGAGGCUAGUGCUUAUAACCCAAUGAUUGAGUAUUUGUGUAACCAUGGGCAGACUGAGAAAGCUGAAGUUUUUUUCCGGCAGUUGAUGAAAAAGGGUGUUCAAGAUUCAGUUGCCUUCAAUAAUUUGAUGUGCGGACAUGCGAAAGAAGGAAAUUCUGAUUCUGCUUUUGAGAUUUUAAGGAUCAUGGGUAGGAGAGGGGUCCCUGGAGAAGCAGAUUCUUACAGGUUACUCAUUAACAGCUACUUGAGUAAAGGUGAACCGGCUGAUGCUAAAACAGCUUUGGACAGUAUGCUUGAAGGCGGGCAUAUUCCAGAGGCAUCACUGUUCGGGUCAGUGAUGGAGAGUCUAUUUGAAGACGGGAGGGUUCAAACUGCAAGCCGAGUAAUGAAAAGUAUGGUAGAGAAGGGGGUGAAGGAGAACAUGGAUUUGGUUGCCAAGAUUUUGGAAACCCUCUUUAUGAGAGGUCAUGUUGAGGAAGCACUGGGACGAAUCGAUCUACUUAUGCAAAGCGGGUGUACGCCACAGUUUGAUAGCCUUUUAUCUGUUCUUGCUGAGAAAGGGAAAACAAUUGCAGCCCUCAAGCUGUUAGAUUUUUGCCUUGAGAGAGAUUGCAAUGUGGAUUUCUCAAGCUAUGACAAGGUGUUGGAUGCUCUCUUAGAAGCAGGGAAGACUCUUAAUGCAUACUCAAUAUUGUGUAAAAUAAUGGAGAAAGGAGGGCUCUCCGACUGGAGUAGCACCAAGGAUUUGAUUAAGAGCCUAAAUCAAGAGGGUAACACGAAACAAGCAGAUAUCCUCUCCAGAAUGAUAAAGGGAGGGGAUAAAAGUGGUCAGAGCAAAAAAGGAAACAAAGAAGCUGUUCUUGCGUUGUGAUUUGGCAUGUCUCCAUAAGCAAGUCAUGCAGGAACUAGAAGGAGAUGCCCAUUGAACUUGUUAAUUUCCACGUUGGUUCCUGUGACGGGUGCUCUGCAUUUAGGAACAACAGGAGUGACGGUGCUUAGUCGAGGUUGUACUAAGCCGGAUUAGAUAUUUAGCAUGUGGAGUAAUUUGGGAGCUUCCUCAUAGUUCCUUGAAUUCACAUUCCAGCGAUCUACUUCUUUGAUCGUUCCUCCUAAAGAUUUUGGUUAGUCUAUAUUUUCCUCUCUUUUUUCCACCCGUUUUGUUGUCACAUGGUUGGUUGUAACAAUGUUUUGCACAUUGGAAGUUGAAAGUUUUGUUACCAAAUUCAAAUAACACAGGUUCUGUCUAUACUCUCAAAUCUGCUGUGACAUUGUAUUGGGAAGUUAUUUAUCACUUUUGCUUCUGUCUA